AUGGCGGCAAGCGCGGCGGGCAACGCGCUGGAAAGCGCCGCAGCGGCGGUUUCGGGUGUAUCGGCUGGAUCCGCGGGAGGGGGGGGCACUGCUGCGGGGGCGUUAAACGGCGGAGGGGUUGGGAAAGGGCGGAGGUCGCUGCAGCAAGAGGUGGCAAUUAAGAAGCUGGACUCAAAGAGCCUUCAGGUUCCUCCCAUCACCAUUAUCCCUUUCUUCUCAAUUGCUCUGUUGCUCCAUCCCCUCUUGCUCUUGCUCCCCUAUCCCCUCUUGCUCCCCUAUCCGCUCUUGCUCCCCAACCCUUCUCCCUCCCCCAACCCCUCUCCCUCCCCCAUCCCCUCUUCCUCCCCCAUCCCCCCUCCCUCCCCCAUCCGCUCUUCCUCCCCCAUCCCCCCUUCCUCCCCCAUCCCCCCUUCCUCCCCCAUCCCCCCUUCCUCCCCCAUCCCCUCUAUCUCCCCCAUGCCCCCUUCCUCCCCCAUCCCCUCUUCCUCCCCCAUCCCCCCUUCCUCCCCCAUCCCCUCUUCCCUCUUUGUUCGAUAUCCUCCCUUCCUUCCCUAUUCCUUCCUUCCCCUUGCACCAUGGUCACAAGGAGUGGAUGGUGGAGGUGCUCUUCUAGGCCUUAUCGACCACCCCAACCUCGUCAAGCUGCUUGGCUUCUGUGCCGAGGGCCACCUUCUCUCUCCCCUAUGCCUUUCAUUCACUCAUUCCCCUCUCUCUUCGCCCUGCCUCUGCCCCACCUGCAUCUCAGGGUCACAAGGAGUGGUGGUGGAAGUGCACCUGCUCGGCCUUAUAGACCACCCCAACCUCGUCAAGCUCCUCGGUUUCUGUGCCGAGUGCCUCCUUCUCUCUUCCCUCUGCCUUCCAUUCACUCACUGCCCUCUCUCGUCCCUCUGCCUCUGCAUCACUCACCACUGCAGGGUCAUAAGGAGUGGAUGGUGGAGGGUCAUAAGGAGUGGAUGGUGGAGACUGAAGAUGGCACUGGGGACGGCCAGAGGGCUGGCUCACCUGCAUGAGGAGGUGCAGGUCCCGAUUAUCUACCGUGAUUUCAAGACAUCCAAUGUGCUUCUAGACGCGGACUUUUGCCCGAAGCUCUCUGACUUCGGGCUGGCAAGGGAAGGGCCCAUGGGGGAUGAGACACACGUGUCAACGCAGGUGCGCGGCACGGCAGGGUAUGCAGCUCCUGAGUACAUGAUGACAGGCCGUCUAACACCGAAGAAUGACGUGUGGGCGUUUGGAGUCGUUCUUCUAGAGCUGCUCACAGGGCGGCCCUCCAUCGAUCAACGCCGACCGCCACCGGAAGUCAAUAUAGUUCAGUUUGCGCGGCCGUACCUACAUAAUAGUGCGGAUUUGUCGAGGAUUAUGGAUCCUAGACUCGGGGAUAAGUACCCCAAGCAAGCAGCUGCGAAGGUGGCGGAGCUGGCGAGAUGGUGCCUGGUGAAUGACCCGUUUAAGAGGCCGAUUAUGAGUGAGGUUGUGCAGAACCGCCUUCUUCCUCUCUUCACAUCCAUCCACCUCAGCCCACCCCCACGUGCCGCCAUGGCCGCUAUCUCCAUGAGCAUGACCCCUAUGGUCCUGGCGGCCAAGGGCAAGGAGGAGGGUUCCUUCCUGGACUGGCUCGACAACGCCACCGUGAAGCAGGUGUCGUGGACCGAGACUGACUCGACCCUCGUGAGCAUUAGGGAGGGUAAGGGUUCCAGGCCUGGGACGCAGUCCAAGACUUCGAAGAAGACGAAAGAGACGAAAGAGGCUAAGCCCUUCUGGAAGAAGUAA